UUCAACUUUUUAAUUCACCCCACUAGACACUAAAAUAAUAUUUACAAGAAUAGUCUAGUCUUUGUCAUAUUCAAGAAGAUCUUCCAGGUUCAUGAACCAUUUUUGUCUCGGUCUACCCUAUAAAUAUAACGAACCAUCUUUACAUUGAUUCCCACUGCAAAUUUCAAUACUAUCAAUAGAGCAAAGAUUAGAAAGAAAAAAAAACAUUUUUAACAACAAAAAAAAAAGAUUCUUCAAAUUUAUUUCAUCUCUUUAUCAUGGCUGUAGAAUCCGACUACUCUUUUCUUGAAUCGAUAAGACAAUACUUACUAGAAGAAUCGGAGUUACGACUCACUGAGUCAAUGGUGGCGCAAUCUGGUACGACGGUUCACAGCGUGAGACCGGUGUACGGACGAAACUCGAGCUUCAGCAAGCUGUAUCCUUGUUUCUCUGAGAGCUGGGGAGACUUGCCGUUGAAAGAGAACGACUCGGAGGACAUGUUAGUCUACGGUAUCCUCAACGACGCUUUUCACGGCGGUUGGGAACCGUCUUCUUCUUCAUCCUCAGACGAAGAUCGGAGCUCUUCUGCGACGGUUAAAACCGAGAAUUUCUCGGCGGUUGAUUCUGUUCCGGCGAAGAAGACGAGUUCUGUUCAAGCGCCGGUGAAAGGGAAGCAUUACAGAGGAGUUAGGCAGAGGCCGUGGGGGAAAUUCGCGGCGGAGAUAAGGGAUCCGGCGAAGAACGGAGCUAGAGUUUGGUUGGGGACGUUUGAGACGGCGGAGGACGCGGCGUUGGCCUACGACAAAGCCGCUUUCAGGAUGCGUGGCUCCCGCGCUUUGUUGAAUUUCCCGUUGAGAGUAAACUCGGGAGAACCCGACCCGGUUCGGAUAAAGUCCAAGAGAGGCUCUUCAUCCGAAAACAGAGCUCCAAAGCGGAGGAGAACGGUGGCUUCCGCCGGACAAGGAACAGACGUGGGACUAAAAGUCAAGUGUGAGAUUGUUUAGGUGACACAUGGUUAUCAGUUAUUGGUUUAUAAUUUUCCAUCGUCUUUGCUGGAUCAUGUUUUUUUCCCGAAAAAGGUGGACAAAAUGCAUAUAAUGGGAAAUAAAAAUGUUAAGAACAAAUAUUCAUUUAUUAAAUACUUCAAUAUCA